GUGGGUACACAUGAACGACAGGCUCAGGCUCCUAUCUGGGAUAAUUGGCUGCUUACAAUUUGAUGACUUUGCUGUUCUUACGUCUCCAAAGGGAGCCGUGCCAGUCAGGGGGAAGGCUCUGUCUGCUGAUUUAUGAAAAGCCUCAAUCAAUAUGUGAUAUUCAUUUUGCAAAUGAAUGUCAGAAUGAUGUAGUCCUCAGGUCAUUUAACGUUUCACACGGUAAUGUGCUUCAUGGCACCGGAUCAGAGGAUUGUUCUGUCUCAGUGGUGAAACUUUAAAAAAUUGGUCUAAAUCGGGAACUGUGUGACAAAUGUAGGCAGCGAGUCUCAAUGGAGUACUGUUGAGGAAGCGGAGUGUGCCGAUACAGCAUCAUAACGUGGAAGUGUGGACUGAGCAAUGGCGGUAUAACGUUACUGUAGGGGGCCGCAGUUAGCUAACACUGCUGUUGAUGAGCAGCAACAGAUACAGGACAUGAAUGGUGGCUCCAAAAAGAUAAACGUUAAUUUAAUAACAUAAAUGACAGAUUUAUCACAAUGUUACACCGUGACUUGUCCAUGUUAACGCUAGCUAACGUUAAUUACACAUAAAUGUAACGGUAGCUGUUUGAUCAGUGCUAGCAACAUCCGGGACAUUGUUUUAGCCGUUGUUGGCAGUUUUUGUUUUUACAUGUUAACUCUUCGCCUCUAAAAAGAAGUCACGGAACAAAAUAAAUGUCGAUGAUUCGUAUUUUAUCAUCAAUUGUAGUCUUAUUGGCAAAUUAUUAAAACAAACCAGCCGCGGGGAUUCUUGAAAGCUGCGUCAUAGGCAUAGCUAGUCUACUAAAUCGCGUUAAGUUAGUUACAGUUACAUGUUAGCUAACUAGCUGUAUGUGCAGUACAAUAUAUUCAUUUGAUUCUAGGUUACUUCGUAAGCCAGCUUUUGACUCAAAAUGAGUUUAGACUCACUAUUUCAACAAGUCCUUCUAACUGAACAGCAUUCAACUGAACAGAAUCAAAGAAUCAGAGAAGUCAAAGUAGCCAUCAUCAGAUGCAAUGAGAAGAUAAAGAGAGCCACUGAGAAGAAUGAAAAGACCAAUGAGGAACUUGAUAUAAAGGCUCAGCAGUUGUCGGCGAUGAGGCCGCAGCAUGACCUGAUGAAGAAAUGUGAAGACCAGAUGUUGAAGCAAAUUGAGGAGCUGCUCUGCCAGAAGAGCCGACUCAGGGAACGUCUAGCCAAGAUAAAGUGGGAUUCUAAGGAAGAAGAGCAAAACUUCCUUCAAGACAUCUCAAGGUUCAACAGUGACUUCAGUCUUCGGGGGAACAGAGACGCAAUGUUCGAGAGCCAAACACACUCUGAGAUCCUGGACCGAGAGAGGGAGGUGGAGUCCUUAUACAAAGAGAUGGAGCUGAUGAGCCGCAGGAACAGACACAUGAGCUCCAUGCAGGAGGAGAGGAGAGUGCUCCAGCUCAAAAUGCAGGGCCUGGAUAACAUCCAGAAAGACCUGGAUCAGCAGUGCAGUGAGGCUGCGGCACGGACAGCAUGUCUGAGAGCAGAGAGCCUGGUUGUCAGUCAGAAGCCUCUCUCUGACACCACCUGCUCCAGGCUGAGGAAAGAGCUGGAGAAGCAUAAAGAAGGAGAGCUGGAGCUUCUGCGAGAGGCACUCAGCUCAGAAAUACACUUCCUGAAGUCGCAGCAGCUGGAGCGCAGCCAGGGAAGUGAGCAGCGUUAGAUUUGGCACAAUCCUGAUACAGGUCAUAUUAGUUCACUGAUUGUCUCUUCUGUUAAAGACAAACGUGUAUGUGAAUAGAAGGGAGAGACAGAAAAGAAAGAGGACAGGAAGGAACAAACGCAGCGACAUAAUAAAGUCUGUGCGCUUUAAUAAGUUGCAUGAAAAGAGCAAAUUCCAUUCUGUGCGUGACCUCAGUCGGUACAAAGACUCAACGUUACCGUUGGAACUUGUAAACCCUGCAACUAAACACGCACAAUAUUUAAGUUGUUAAUUGUUUUCAAUGAAACAUUUCCUUUGCUUUAAUGAGAAAUAUUUCUUUUUACAUUUGAUUUAUUUGCACAAGACUAACAACUAAAUACACGCCUGCAAAGUAAACAGAGUGUUUCAUUGCUGUGGUUUGAAGAAGUGGUUGUAUACUGCCCUCUAGUGCACAAAGUGUAACAUUACUAUCACUGGGGUCACGGCAGUAUCUUUAUGUAAACAUAGAAAUCCAAUAAAGUUUCUGUUAAUUACUUCAUUUUAAUUCAGUCACUGACAUUGGAUGUACAACAGAACAUUAGGAAAAUAAGAUGGGAGUAAAACACAUUUGAAGAAAUAUUAGUUAUUACUGCGUUUUUAUCACUGGAGGAGCCAAAAAAACUAAAGUUUCAAGGUGAUUAUAUUGUGAUUCUGUACAUCGAACAUAGUACAUAUUUAUGAAGUCCCUCCAACAUCACAGCGCUACUGUUUGUGCAAUCUGAGCUCCUGUCUGCCAAGAAUCUGUCAUUUAUUCAUAGAGAAUCAAAAGUGUUUUUGAGAAUCAAUACAGUAUCUCAAAAAAUAAUAUCGCAAUGCUCAAGUGUAUUGAUAUUUUUUUACACCCCUAUUAUUAUCUCAGCCUCUGGCCCCUAUUUUAGGACAUUGACGACAGGAAGACCCAAGAUGUUCUCCUGUAACGACUGAUUUAACUGAAAUGACUAUUAAAGUUAAAGGAAUGGAAUACUUAGGUUACAUGCUGACACAUGCCGAGUAAAGUUAGGUGUGCACCUGUCUCUGGUAGGAAGUCAUCUGACUCUAUCAAAGCAAACAGCUGAAGUAUCUUCAGGCUGCAACAGCACUCACACAACAUGUUGGAGUGAAGGUCUGCUGAUAAACGGAUGAAGUGUCUGAUAGACAUCUUCCACUCUGGUCUCCUUUUGUAUGUGCUGUAUGACAUGAUCUGGACCAGGGCAGCAGUUACUGAGGUUAACCACUCUGCCAAAUGGACUACUCUGUCUGCCCUCAGUGUUUGCUAACACAUCCCGACGUAGCUGACUGAGCUCAAGGUUAAAAAGUCCAAAUGAGAUUGCAGGAUCUCAUUAUGAAGCCAUUGACAUCCCACAUCACUCUAAUCAGGGAGAAUAUGAGCUGCACAAUGACCCUGUGGUGGGGGCCGACUGUCGUCUAAUCGUCACUUACUGAAAUAACUGUCUGGACUGAGGUAAACUGUGAUGUCACACGUCUCCCAUCAGGCGGCAACAGACGUAACAAUUAGUCUUUUCUUCUAAUGUUUCUGCCUAGUAACAGAGUCUCUACAUCUUUAUAGCAUCUGAAUU